AUGAUAGAAGGUGGAAUUACAUCCAGGAUGUCAGGAAUAAUUGAGAAUGCUGGGCAUCAUCCGUCUCCACAGGACUACAGGCUUCUGACCACGGACCCCUCCCAGCUGAGGGAGGAGGACCUCCCUGGGGACCUGCAGUCUCUGUCAUGGCUCACCUCUGUGGAUGUGCCCCGACUACAGCAGAUGGCUGACAGCCGAGGCCACAGCAACGGGCCCUCCCAGGGCAGCUUGUUGGAGCAACAGACAGCUCAGCUGAGCAACAUGACGAUGACAGCGGGACAGGGCUCCAUGCUCCAACUCCAGAGCAACAUGCAGCACAGCCCGCUGGGAAUCAGCAUCAUCAACACCCACAAUGGAAGUAUGUCUCCAUUCUCCAUGAAUGGGCUGCCCUCUCCAGGAUACCAGUGCCCUACCUCAGUCUACCAGCCCACACCCCAGCAGGUGUACUCUCUAACUCAAACUGGACAACAGUGUUCAGCUGGUGGGCUUUAUAGCAAUGUCUCUUUCAACGACCAAAGUCUGUUCACACAACCUCGCCUGGCCCCACAAGACCAGGAGCUGCAGCCCAAGUCCUUCCCCAAACCAAUCUACUCCUACAGCUGUUUGAUUGCCAUGGCUCUGAAAAACAGCAAAACUGGCAGCCUCCCAGUCAGCGAGAUCUAUAGCUUUAUGAAGGAACACUUUCCUUAUUUUAAGACUGCACCUGAUGGAUGGAAGAACUCGGUCAGACACAAUCUGUCCUUAAACAAAUGCUUUGAGAAAGUGGAGAACAAGACGAGCAGCUCGUCCCGUAAGGGCUGUCUAUGGGCACUGAACCCUGCCAAAAUUGAUAAGAUGGAGGAAGAGAUGCAGAAGUGGAAACGCAAGGACCUGCCAGCCAUCCGCCGCAGCAUGGCUAAUCCUGAUGAGUUGGACAAACUGAUCACAGACCGCCCAGAGAACUGCAGACGUAAGGCUUUGGAGCCUGGCAUGACCCGGCUGCCCAGCUGUCAAACUGGCCUCCCACUGCCCGUCUCUGCCCAGAUGCAGCCUCAGCCUAUAGUCACGCUGUCCCUGCCCUGUUUACCCAUGCACCAGCACCACCAGUUUCAGGCUCAGCUCCAGGCUCAGGCUCGACUGGCCCCAAUGUCCCCUGCCCCUGCCCAGACACCUCCCCUCCACACAGUCCCUGACCUUUCCCACAGUCCACUCACCCAGCAGCCCAGCAAACCCCCUGACGAUUUCUACAGUGUGCACGGUGAUACGCACACAGAGGUGGACGCACUGGACCCGAGCAUCAUGGACUUUGCCCUUCAAGGUAAUCUGUGGGAGGAAAUGAAGGACGACAGCUUUAACCUGGAUGCCUUGGGCACCUUCAGUAACUCGCCUCUCCGACUAUCAGACUGUGACUUGGGAACAGCCAACCUCCCUCCUGUCUCCACUGGAGCGAAUCUGCAGCUGUCAGAUGUGCAGGUGACGGGCCUCUACACCUCCUACACCUCCCAGGAUCCGCUCUCUUCCCAAUACAUGGGCGCACCGGCCAACAGCAAGCCCAUCGCCCUGCUUUAA